CUGCUAGGUGCAGCAGUGCGUGUGUACACGCCUGUCGCCGGGGUGGGAUUGUUGCCCGCGGUAACCAGGGAGCCAGCAGCCCGAGGCGUCUGGCAGCUCCGGAGCCCUGGGAUUCGGGAGAGAGGCAGCUGUUCGGGUGUCGUCCGCAGAGGGUGGCUCGCAGGGGCCGAGCAGGGAGCGCUGGCCAAGGGGGAGCAGCUGCGAAGAGUCCCGGACGGGGAGCGUGAAGGAGACUUCAGGUCUCCUGAAAGAGAGCAUUCCUCAAGCACCGCCAUUUCUGAGAGCUGCACUUGUAUUGACUGAAGAGCUGCAGUGACUUAGUAAGGCAUGCCGUGCUACAACUCAUGAUGUUUUGCAAAAAGAAGUAAUCAAAAUCUUACAUCUUAAAGUGGAAAAACAGCAGGCUGUUUGCUACACAGUAACAAUGGCCACCUCAAGACUAGUAGCAAGAACACCUCGUGAUAUUGCUGGUGUGAUGCAGAGACUCCAAGAUGAGCAGGAGUCAGUGCAAAAGAGGACUUUCACAAAAUGGAUCAACACUCAUCUCGCCAAGCGCAAUCCUCCCAUGGUGGUCAAUGAUCUGUUUGAAGACAUCAAAGAUGGAAUAGUAUUGAUAUCCCUUUUGGAGGUUCUCUCAGGACAAAAACUGCCCUGUGAACAAGGCCGAAAGCUGAAGAGAAUUCAUGGAGUAGCCAACAUUGGCACAGCCCUUAAGUUCCUGGAAGGACGGCGGAUUAAGCUUGUCAACAUUAAUUCAACUGACAUUGCUGAUGGUAGACCUUCUAUUGUGCUUGGGCUGGUGUGGACUAUAAUUUUGUAUUUUCAGAUUGAGGAGCUUACAAGCAACCUCCCUCAGCUCCAGUCACUCUCCAAUAGUACCUCAUCUGUGGACAGUGUUGUCAGUUCUGAGACAGCCAGUCCACCAUCCAAGCGUAAAGUGGUCACCAAAGUCCAAGGGAAUGCAAAGAAGGCUUUGCUAAAAUGGGUGCAGUACACAGCAGCAAAGCAAGCUGGAAUUGAAGUCAAGGAUUUUGGACGAAGCUGGAGGAGUGGUGUUGCCUUUCAUUCAGUUAUUCAUGCCAUCCGUCCAGAGCUAGUGGACUUGGAGAGGUUGAAAACAAGAUCUAACAAGGAAAAUUUGGAAGAGGCAUUUACAAUUGCAGAGUCAGAAUUAGGAAUUCCAAGACUUCUUGAUCCUGAAGAUGUGGAUGUGGAUAAGCCAGAUGAGAAAUCAGUGAUGACCUAUGUAGCACAAUUCCUGAAACACCUCCCAGAUCCUCAUAAUGCAGCCGGUGAUGCACAGGAGAUGGAUAAGCCACUUCAAGCAAUUUCAUCUUUUGUUAUUUCUAAACCUAAAUACAAGAGAGAGGACAGACUAAUGCUAAGAGACCUGAAAAUAUGGGUAGAACAAUUUGAAAGAGACUUGACAAGAGCACAAAUGGUGGAAGCAAGCUUGCAGGAGAAGUACCAGUCCUUUAAACAUUUCAGAGUACAGUAUGAAAUAAAGAGGAAACAGAUUGAAUCUGCAAUACAGUCUCUAAGGAAAGAUGGCAAACUGUCUCUUGAUCAAGCUCUGGUGAAGCAAGCAUGGGACAGAGUUACUUCCCGGAUAUUUGAAUGGCACCUGCACCUUGAUAAAUCUCUCCCUGCUCCUCUGGGUACUAUUGGAGCCUGGCUUCAUCGUGCAGAGGCUUCUCUUACGGAAGAAAUCAUCAGUCAACAAGCUCAUGAGGAAACAGCAAACAUCAUAAACAGAAAGCUUGGACAGCAAAAGGAUGUGCUUAAAAAUGUAGAUGGUUACAAAAAGACAUUCCAGGAGAUCCACAGAGCUCGAUUUGUCAAUGGAGUCCCUGUUCCACCAGAACAGCUAGAUGAUAUGGCAGAGAGGUUUGAAUUUGUUGCCUCUACAUCUGAGCUCCAUCUGCUGAAAAUGGAAUUCUUGGAACUGAAAUACCGUCUGCUAUCACUCUUGGUCCUUGCAGAAUCAAAAUUAAAAUCAUGGAUUAUCAAAUAUGGAAGAAGGGAAUCUGUUGAACUACUUCUUCAAAACUAUAUUUCUGUUAUAGAAAACAACAAAUUUUUUGAGCAGUAUGAAGUUACUUACCAAAUCUUGAAAAAGGCAGCUGAGAUGUAUGCCAGAGCUAAUGGCUCAUCCGAAGAGAUAGAGAGUGUCAUGAGAUUCAUGAAUGAGACAACAACACAGUGGAGGCACUUGUCAGUAGAGGUGAGAAGUGUGAGAAGCAUGUUAGAAGAAGUCAUUGCUAAUUGGGACCGAUAUAGCAGCACCGUGGCCAGUCUGCAAGCCUGGCUAGAAGAUGCCGAAAAAAUGCUGAAUCAAUCUGAACAUGCCAAAAAGGAUUUCUUCCGGCAUUUACCUCAGUGGAUUCAGCAGCACACUGCUAUGAAUGAUGCUGGCAAUUUUCUGAUUGAAACGUGUGAUGAGACCAUUUCCAGAGAUUUAAAACAGCAGCUGCUGUUGCUGAAUGGACGAUGGAGAGAGUUAUUUAUGCAAGUCAAACAAUACGCUCGGGCUGAUGAAUUAGACAGAAUGAGAAAAGAAUAUUUGGAUGGUGUAGCUACCUUGUCUGCUUUCACUGAUCAAGCAAAGAGGAAAUUCCGUGUUCCUUUAGAAGUGUCCUUUCUAAAUAUGAAAAUGUUUGUUCAAGAAAUAGAGGACAUUAAACAGAAAGUUCCUGUGAUGGAAUCUCAGUACAAGAUGGUGACAAGGACAGCACAACUUGUUACCAAGGAACUUCCACCAGAAGAAGUCAAUGAAAUGCUUGCAACUAUGUCAGGAAUCAAAGGACAGCUUGGCAAGGUAGAUGGUACCUGUCCGGUUGUGCUCUAUGAAUCUCAGCAGCUGCUGCCUCACCUGGAAGAAUUGGAGAAGCAAAUUACAAAUUUUUAUGAAUCUCUUGAGAAAGUCAAUGAAAUUAUUUCUGUCCUAGACCCCGAAGUCCAGCCUGCCGAUGUUUUUAAACAGCAACAUCAGGAUCUAGUAGCUUAUCAAGAAAAUUGCAAGAAAGACAUAUCACUAAUUGAGAGAAACAGUCAGACCAUUGUGAAGUUUGUGACUUCAAGUAAGGUGUUACACCACUUCAAUCUUUCGGUGCUUCAAAAGAAAGUAGUAGAAAUACAAGCUGCUUUUCAGAAUAUGGUCAAAAAGACAAGUGACUGGAAGAAAAAUGUGGAGGCAAACAGUCAUUUGAUGAAGCAGUUUGAGGAAUCUAGAACAGAAUUAGAAAAUGUUCUACAGAUAGCACAUCGUUGCCUAAAGGAAAAAGGCAGACCUGAAGAACUUCUCAGAAAACAUACCGAUUUUUUCAGUCAGUUGGACCAGAGAGUGCUAAAUGCUUUCCUGAAAGCUUGUGAUGAGCUUACUGAUAUCCUUCCUGAGCAAGAACAACGUGCUCUUCAGGAAGCUGUUAGGAAGUUACAUAAGCAAUGGAAGGAUGCCCAGUCAGAAGCCCCAUACCAUUUACUUCGCUUGAAGAUACAAGUGGAAAAGAGCAAAUUCUUAGCAACAGUGCAAGAAUGUCAUGCCGAACUAGCUCGAGAGCAAGAGCUGGUGUCCAAGGAGAGCAGCGAGAAGAUAAUUAGAGAGCACAAGUUGUUCUUUGGCGAGAAAGGCUCCUUACAGCUAUGUGAGAAAAGAUUGCAUCUGAUUAAUGAAUUGUGCUUGAAAUUGCCUGAAUCGGAUCCACUUAGGACAACAUCACAAAGUAGCCAGAAAAGCCUCAGUGAACUUAAAUCCCUGGUUGCCAGCACCUACAUGAAGCUAAUGGAUCAUCCAGAUAAAUGGAAAGACUACAAGGACAGAUUUUCUGAAUUGGAAAGCUGGAUUUCAUCAAGGGAAGCCCAGCUCAAGAAGAUUAAGCAUGGUGCCAGUGAUACCACUAAAUAUAAUCACUUUAAAACAUCAAUAGAGGAAAUUCAGCAAGAAACUUGCAAGCAAGGAGAAGUUAUCAGCUGGUUGAAAUCUAGGCUUGCUGCCCUGUCUGAAGUUUCUUCAGAGAAUGAAGCCAAAAAGCAAGAGGAUGAGCUUUCCAGACUUUCAAGUGACUUUAAGAGCCUCUUAGCCUUGUUGAUAGAGAUUGAGAAAAUGUUGAGUGCUGUAGGUGAUUGCGUCCAGCACACAGAAGAGGUGAAAGUCAAUCUGGAAGAACUGAUCACAAAUUCAAAAGAAGCUCAGGCAGAAGCUGAUAAAAUCUUAGAGGUUGAAAGCUUAUUACAGGCUCAGCAACUCCUUCGGUAUCACCAGCAAAAGACAAAGAGGCUCCAUGAAAAGAGGCAAGAUGUGCAACAGCAAAUGGCCCGAGGUAAGCAGCUACAGAUUGAAGGUGGUCUGUCACCCACUGUGCAAGAAGACCUAUGGAAGUUGGAGAGUAUGUUAGAAAACAUGCAGCAAUCUAUGGAUAAACGUGAAGAUCAAUUGCAGCUCACUGUAAGCACAUGGGAACAGUUUGAAAGGGACAAAGAAACGGUUGUAAAGUACCUUAGUCAUGCAAGCUCUGCUCUUGAACGCAUCUUAAGCUUUAGCAGCUUAGAGAGUUUGUCAUCAGAACUAGAAAAGACAAAGGCACUUUCUAAGCAGACAGUAGCCAUGGCCAUGGAGGCUGAGACUCUUGUCAAGAAGUCUUUUGCAAUACAGCUUGGUGAGAAGAACAAGCAAACCCUUCAACAGCAAGCAAAGUCAGUCCGGGAACAAGUUAAAAAAAUGGAAGCUUCACUUGAAGAAGAUAUUAAAACCAUGGAAAUGGUGAAAAACAAGUGGGAUCAUUUUGGCAAAAAAUUUGAAGCUUUGUCCAUCUGGAUCACUGAAAAAGAAAAAGAGCUGGAUACCUUGGAAACAACAUCGUCCUUGGAUAUGCAAAUCAGCCAAGUUAAGGUCAUUAUUAAAGAAAUAGACGACAAGGAAAAUGAAAUCCCAAGCUUAGAAAAGGAUGCUCAGUCAUUUUCUCAAUAUCUUACAUCUGGAGAAUCAGCACAUAUCAAAGCCAAGUUGACACAGAUCAGAAGGUAUUGGGAAGAACUCCGGGACCGUACACAGCAUCUGGAAGGAUCAGUAACUGGAAAGGCAUCAGUACAGCAAAAAUUUGAAGAAAACUUUGCAAAGGCCCAAGAGGAGCUGUGCAGAUAUGAAGGAAAACUGGCAGAGACUGAUACUUCAUGCUGUUCCUCAGCAGAGACUUACAAGGCCCUUCAUAAUGUUACGGAUCUCUGUCAAGUUCUGGAAAAAAUGAACCAAACACUGGCCUCUCUGUCAUCUGGUUCUCGCAAGAUCAUGAAUAAAGAAAAAGUCGCCCAGGAUGUUUUGAUGCUUCAGCAAAGACAUGAAAUGGUUUUGAGACAAGCUAAAGAUAGACAGGCCUCGCUAGAGGUUCACCUAGCACAGUGGCAGAGACAGGAGAAGGAGCUCUCCGCCUUCACGAUUUGGCUAGAAAGGUGUGAAGCUGCAGCCAGACCUUCAGAGCAACAUGUUUCUGCUGACAGAGUCAAAGUGGAAAGUGAGCUGCAGUUAGUCCAAGAUUUGCAAUCUGAUAUUGCAUCCUAUGCUUCAUUGUAUACCAGCCUACUGCAGUUAAAUGAAUCACUAUUUAAAACAAGUUCCAGCGAAAGUGUGAAAACACUUAAAAAAGACUUGGAAGACUUAGAUAGAAGAUGGAAAACUCUACCUCAGAUAAUUAACAAAAGGAUAAAUUUUCUCCAGUCUGUUGUUGCUGAGCAUAGACAGUACGAUGAGCUACUCCUCAGUUUUUCUGACUGGAUUAAGCAAUUUCUUGGUAAACUACAUGCUACAUCUGAAAUAAAUACAGCUGAUCAACAGCCUGCUGUAUGUCACAAUAAGGAACACAGAAUGGAAGUGGAAGGAAAGUUCAAAGAACUACAGAGUCUGAAGAGUCAUGUUGAAAAGCUGUGCUCUUUCAGUCGGCCAGAAGAUCACAGUGUGUUCCAGAAUAAGGCUGAAGACUGUCUCCAGCUGUAUCAAGAGGCCAGUCAGGUAAUUAGCCGCAGGCAAGAUGUUUUGCCCCACAUUAAGGCCUUCUUAGAGCUUCAUACUGCUGCAUCACAAGUUCUUCACCAUUUGAGGCACAUGGUAGAAACUACUGGAAACAUGGACAAGUCUAAAUCCGAAGUGCUGGAGAAGGAAUUGAGUGAGGUUAUUCAAGAUGUCAGCAAACUGGAAUCUACAGCAGCCAGUUUAGAUACAUCCCUUACUAAAGCACAAUAUCAUUUAAAACAUGGAAGCUCUGAGCAAAGAAUCUCCUGCAGGAGUAUCGCUGACAAUAUCUGCAUAGAAUUAGAGUAUGUCCAGUCUUUGCUGGGAACGAAGCAGAGUGAAGCAGAAGCCCUGGGAGCUCUGCACAGGUCUGUCAUGGAACGCAAAGAACAGCUCUUAAAAAGCAUUGAAGAUAUCGAAGAAAGGGCUGACAAGGAAGGACUGAAUGAACCAAGCCUUCAGGAAGUUCAGCAAAGAUUAAGGAUUUUUAAUCAGUUGGAUGAUGAACUGAAUUCUCACCAGCAUGAACUAAAAUGGCUCAUGAGCAGAGCAAAGCAAAUUGCCCAAAAAGAUAUAAACCGUGCUCAAGCGGUUGACAAGGAGAUUAAUUGUUUGGAAGUCACCUGGGAGGAUACUAAGAAACUUAUUCAAGAAAAGCAGGAGCAGUGUUGUGUCCUUGUUGACCUGAUAAGAGAAUAUCAGAGCCUGAAAUCCACAGUAAGCAAAGCCAUAGAAGUUGCUAGCAAUGUUACAAUGACAAAAGCCAUGUUGAAGGACCAGGAAGAUGUUAGAUGGGCUUUAUCAAAGCAUGAAGCAGCCAGAAAUGAGUUGAAUGACAGACAGAGGGAAUUGGAUGCCUUCACUAACAAAGGAAAACACUUGCUAGCAGAACUCAAAAAGAUUCCCAACUGUGAUCCCAUGCUAGUAAAAGUUGACAUGGACAGCACUGUGGACAAAUGGCUGGAUGUUUCAGAGAAGCUUGACGAUAGCAUAGAUAGGCUGAGUGUCAGUGUGUCACUGUGGGAAGAUGUCCUGGCAGUUGGUGAUGAUGUGGAUGGGUGGUGCAACAACUCCAUCUCACAGAUGAAUGGCAUUGUCAGCAACCUGGCCAGCUGCCAGGGAACGGAGGCUUUCCUGGAAGAAUGCCAGUCUCAAAUGAUAAAUAAAGAACAGAAUGUGGAACAAAUCAGUUCAAAAAUAUCUGAGCUUAAAGAAUUAGUAAAUGCAGAAGAAGUUCCCCCAAAUCUUCAGUUUUUAGAAGCAGAUUUAAGGAAAAAACUGGUGCAUGCUAAAGAAAUGUCUGAGAUAGCAAAAGAAACACUAAAAGAUUUUAGUACUCAGAAGAUGCAGUUACAUAACUUUGUUAAUGAGAUGGAAAAGUGGCUCACCAAAAUGGAAGAAUCACUCCUAAGCUGUGCUCAUAGCCAGGAUCUGUCAGGUCUAAGCACAGUCAAGAAAAUACAAAAGGACCUGCAGCAGCAGCAGAGCAACUUUGAUUCCACUCAGGAAACACUUAACAGCCUGUGUCGCAAAUAUCCAUCUGUGGAGCUGGAGACUCUUGGGGGCACUGUCACAUCGUUAAUAAAGAAGUAUGAGGCUGUGAACCAGUUAUGUUUGAAAACCCAGACUUCCAUGCAAGAGUCCCUGGAAAAACACUUCUUCCAAUCUAUGUGUGGAUUUCAAAACUGGUAUUCUAACCUGAAGACUGCUGUAAAAGACUUAAGUAUUACAUCUGGAGAUAGUAAAACCAUCGAAGCAAAACUCCAUGAACUGCAGAAAGUGUUGGAUUCCGUUGAGGAAGGAAGGAGCAAGCUGGCGGCAGCUUCCCAGGAAGGAGAACAUCUGUGUGCUUUCCUACCUAAAUCAUCUGUGAAUAGCAUCCAGGAACAGAUAAAUAAAGCUCAUCAGGACUUUGAGGGAUUCUUUAAACAGUGCUUGAAAGAUAAACAAGCUCUGGAAGAGUGCAUUGCGGAGCUGGGAAGCUUUGAGGAUCUGUGCAAGAGCUGGAGUUUGUGGCUCCAUGAAAUGGAGGAAAGGAUAAGCACGGAAGCUUUGGGUGAGAGCAAACAGAAUAUUUCUGAUAAGAAAAAUGAGGUGCAGAAAGUGGAAGCAUUCCUAGAAGAGCUGCUGGUGGCCAGAGAAUCCUUUGAUAAACUGACCCAGAAGUCACAGGUUUUAAAUGAGAAAGGAUAUAGUACUGGGAAGGAAGUCCGUCUGGCUUCUCAACAUUUCUCUGCUUACCAUAACCUAAUCAAGGCAGUGAAGGAAAAGCUGAAGACCUCUCAGGUGGCUCUCCAGGAACACCAAGCAUUAGAAGAAGCUCUGCAGGGUAUGUGGACCUGGGUGAAAGAUGUGCAAGAAAAGCUGGCCUCUGCAGAGGGCACCAUUGGGAGCAAAGUCGUGUUGGAGAAACGCCUCAUGCAAAUACAGGAGAUCCUUUUAAUGAAAGGUGAGGGAGAGGUCAAGUUAAAUAUGGCCAUUGGCAAAGGUGAACAAGCCCUUAAAAGUAGCAAUGAGGAAGGGCAGAAAGCGAUACAAACCCAACUGAAAACAUUAAAAGAUCUCUGGAGCAGCAUUAUCAAUACCUCCCUGAGCUGUCAAAGCUUGCUUGAGUCUGUGAUUCAUCAGUGGGAUGAAUAUCUGGAGAGGAAAAGUCAGCUAGACCAGUGGCUGGAGUCAGUAGACCACAAAGUGGAGCAGCCUUUGGAGCCUCAGAAUGGCUUGAAAGAGAAAUUCUCCCUGCUGGACCAUUUCCAGACUAUUGUUGCAGAAGUGGAAAACCAUUCUAAAGACUUGCACCAGCUCAUGGGUAAAGCCAGCGAACUGUAUGAGAAAACAGAGGAUGAUUCUUUCAGAGAGGCUGCUCAAGAGGAGCUGAAAAUCCAGUUCAGUGACAUUGCAACGGUAGUCAAGGAAAAAAUGAAGAGAGUGGAAGAUAUUGUUAAGGACCAUCUACUAUACCUCGAUGCAGUUCAUGAAUUCACCGACUGGCUUAAUUCUGCAAAAGAAGAGCUUCACCGCUGGUCAGAUGCGUCAGGGGAUUCAUCAGCCAUACAGAAAAAACUGGCCAAAAUUAACGAGCUGAUAGAUUCCAGACAGACUGGUGAGGGCCGCCUAAACAGAGUUCAGACGCUGGCUCCAGCGGUGAAAAAGAACACAACUCUUCAGGGGUGCAAGCACAUAGAGACCGAAAUGCAGGCCCUUCACUCCGACUGGAAGCAGUGGGAAGAGAGUGCAUUCCAAACCCGAAACAGCUUGCAGGAGCUGGACACUCAGAUGGCUCUGUCAGAGCAGGAAUUUACCAUGCAAGCUUCUCAUCUGGAAGAGGCCCUGCAGCGCUUCAGCACACUCCUCGCAACCUGGUCUGAAACGCUGACCCCUCUGGAUAGUAAGCAGACAGACAAAGAGCUGGUGGAAUGCUGGCACCAAGAAAAGGAAACAUUGAGUGCCCUAACCAAGGCAGAACAUAUGAACGAUGAUAUAAAAAUGCAGCUGAAUGACCUUUGUCGGUUUUCCAAAGAUUUGAGUACCUAUUCUGCAAAGGUAUCACAGUUAAUUAAGGAAUAUAACAGUCUUUGUCUACAAGCUUCAAAGGGUUGCCAAAGUAAAGAGCAAGCCUUGCAGCAGAGAUUCAGGACAGUAUUCAGAGACUUCCAACAAUGGCUGGUCAAUGCAAAAAUCACUACUGCCAAAUGUUUUGAUGUGCCUCAAAAUGUCAGUGAAGCUGCGGCCAAUAUCCAGAAAAUACAGGAAUUCUUAUCUGAAACUGAAAAAGGCCAACAUAAAUUAAACAUGGUAGUGUCCAAAGGAGAAUUAUUAAGUUCUAUUUUGCCAAAAGAAAAAGCUAAAUCUAUCCAAGCUAAAGUUGCUACAGCUAAGGAAGACUGGAAAAAAUUUAUCUCCACCCUGCACCAGAAGGAAACUUCUUUGGAGAACCUAAAGAUCCAGAUGAAAGACUUUGAAACCAGUGCUGAACCUCUUCAAGACUGGCUAAAUGAAACCAAGACGAUGGUACAUGAUAGCAGCAAUCGGCUGCAUGACCUUCCGGCUAAAAGGAGAGAACAGCAGAAACUACAGUCUGUCCUUGAGGAAAUAAGGUGUCAUGAACCUCAGCUCGACAGGCUAAAAGAAAAAGCUCAGCAGCUUUGGGAAGAACAAGCUGCCAGCAAAAGCUUCAUGCACAGAGUAUCUCAGCUAUCUUCUCAAUAUCUUGCUCUGAGCAAUGUAACAAAGGAAAAGGUAUCCAGAAUGGACAGAAUUGUAGCAGAGCACCAGCAGUUCUCUCAUGAUCUGAAAGAGCUUCAGGACUGGAUGGCAGAUGCAAUUCAGAUGCUAGAAUCUUACUGCCAUCUCACAGCAGACAAAAAUGCCCUGGACAGUAGAAUGGCAAAGCUGGAGGCACUACUGUCGGUGAAACAGGAGAAAGAAAUCCAAAUGAAAAUGGUGCUAACAAGAGGAGACUCCGUUUUGCAAAAUACUUCAGUAGAAGGAGUGCCAGUCAUUGAACAACAGCUGAGAACACUUAAAGACACAUGGGCUUCCCUUUUGUCUGCUUGUAUCCAAUGUAAAAGCCAGCUGGAAGGAGCACUCUCUAAAUGGACAAGUUAUCAAGAUGAUGUUCGGCAGUUUACUAGCUGGAUGGAUAAAAUAGAAGCAAUCAUGAAUGCUUCAGAAAGGCAGUGUGCUGAACUUAGGGAGAAAAAUUCUGCACUCAGCAAAUCUAAGUUACUUAAGGAAGAAGUGUUUAGUCACAGCACACUGCUAGAGACAAUUGAAAUUAAAGGCAUGGGCAUGACUGAACAUUACGUAACUCAGCUUGAACUUCAGGACCUUCGAGAGAGAUACCAGUUUCUCAAAGACAGGAUAACGGAGGCAAUAACUAAAGCUGAAGAAAUGGUCCGCUUGCAUCAAGAGUACCAAAUAAACCUGAAGGCCUUUGAAGCAUGGCUAGAAAAAGAACAGGACAAACUCAACUGCUUGUCACAUCUUGAAGGCGAUGCAGAGAGACAUGAAGCAACACUUGGAAAGCUCCAGGAAUUACAGAUGCAUUGUGCUGAGGGACAGGCCUUGCUUAAUGCAGCACACCAUGUCAGGGAGGAAGUAAUCCCAUGGGGUAUACCCCAAUUGGAAGACAGAGUACUAGAGUCUGUACGUCAAGACUGGACAGUCUAUCAACACAAGCUUUCUGAGGUCAGGAUGCAACUAAACACUACCCUAAGCAGACUGAGGCUGAUGGAGGACAAAUUUCUGAAGGUGGAUGAGUGGCUCAAAACUCUGGAGGAGAAAGUUAACAUCAGAAAUGGGCGGCAGUCUGACAGAGCCACAAAGGAAAUGCAGCUACAACAAAUGAAGAAAUGGCACGAGGAGAUAACAGUCUAUAAAGAUGAAGUUGAAGAAGUUGGAUUGUUAGCCCAGCAAAUUCUGGAGGAGAGUCAUACUUCUAGCAGGAUGGGAAGGCAAGCAACCUACCUUGCCUCUCAGUACCAAGCUCUAGUCCUUCAAGUACUGGAGCAAAUAAAAUUCCUUGAAGAUGAAAUUCGAAGUAUGGAUGAAUCUGAAGUGUGCUUCGCUGCUUACAAGGAAUGGUUUGGAGCUACGCUUAGGAAAUUCAGAGAUGUUGUGACAAAGUCUGAUGUUGUAGAUAAAGCAGCAAUGGAGAAGAAAAUGCAGAAGCUUGAGGAUCUCAUGAGUGACAUGGAUGUGGGUCAUAAUUUACUGAAAUCAGCACGUGAAAAAGGAGAGAAAGCUAUUAAGUACAUGGAGGCAAAUGAAGGGGAACAGCUAAAGAAAGAGAUCAAUGGUUGUGUGGAGCAACUUGAUGAGAUGACCAGCUCUAUCAGGAAAGAACACACAACCUUAGAGAAAUGUCUCCACCUGACAAAGGAAUUCUUAGAUAAGUACAAAGUACAGACUCAGUGGCUGUCAGAGUAUCAGAUUGUACUACAUACCACAGUGGAUCCCAUGGAAUUAUAUGAGAAAAAGGCACAGCUAUCCAAAUAUAAGUCAAUUCAACAGACAGUGUUUUCCCAUGAGCCUUCAAUAAAAUCUGUGACAGAAAAAGGAAAAUGCCUUCUUGAGCUAGUGUGUGAUGUUAAUUUGGCAGAGAACAUUCAGAAACUUCAAACUGAAUACCAGGAGCUCUGCAGCACAGCAAAGGCUCAUGUUGCAAUUUUGGAGGUGAAAGUGAAACAGCAUGAAGAAUAUAACACUGACUUACAAGAAGUGGAAAAGUGGUUGUUACAGAUGUCUAGCAGGCUGGUUACUCCUGACCUUAUGGAGAACAGUAAUCUAGAAAUUAUAACACAACAUUUAGCCAACCACAAGGCAAUGAUGGAAGAGAUUGCUGGAUUUGAAGAUCGCCUGAACAGCCUUAAAAGCAAGGGAGAUGACUUAAUAAAUGAGUGUGCAGAGCAUCUCCAAGCAAAAUUUAAGCAAAAUAUAGAAACUCAGCUGCAGGGAACAAGGGAUAGCUAUUCAGCUAUAUGUAGCACAACUCAGAGGGUGUACCAGAGUUUGGAGCACGAACUCCAGAAACAUGUUAACCAUCAAGACACACUUCAGCAAUGUAAAGUUUGGCUCUCUGCUGUUCGGCCAGAGUUAAAGCCAAAUCCUCGUCCGCCUUUCAGCAUGGCAGAUGCUGUUAAGCAGGUUAAGCAUUUCAGAGCCCUGCAGGAGCAAGCAAGCACCUAUUUGGAUCUUUUGUGCUCUAUGUGUGAUUUAUCAGACAGCACAGUGAAAAAUACAGCAACAGACAUCCAGCUGACAAAGCAAACGAUUGAAGAUCGGAUAAUGAACUCACAGUACCUUGCUCAGGGCUGGGAGGAAAUAAAGCAAAUGAAGGCAGAGCUUUGGAUAUGUUUUCAGGAUGCAGAUCAGCAACUGCAGAAUAUGAAGAGGCGAGGGGCAGAGCUGGAAAUAAACAUUGCUCAGAAUAUGGUGUUGCAGGUGAAGGAGUUCAGUCAGAAGCUGCAGUCUAAACAGACAGCUUUGACAGCUGUGACUGAAAAGGUGAGCAAACUAACCCAAGGACAGGAGUCACCAGAGCACAAGGAAGUAGGACGCUUGAGCAACCAUUGGUUGGACCUUUGCCUUCAAACAAGUAAUGUGCUCCUACACAGGGAGGAAGAUCUUCAGAGGACAAAGGACUAUCAUGACCGCCUAAACGUAGUAGAAGUCUUUUUGGAAAAGUUUACACAAGAAUGGGACAACUUGGCAAGAUCGGAUGCUGAAAGUACCACUACCCAUCUAGAGGCUUUGAAAAAGCUAGCAUUGGCUUUGCAGGAGAGACGAUUUGCUCUUGAAGACUUGAAGGAUCAGAAGCAGAAAAUAACAGAACAUCUAAAUCUGGAUGACAGAGAGUUAGUAAAAGAGCAGACGGGACACUUUGAGCAGCGCUGGAUCCAGCUAGAGGACCUUAUCAAGAGGAAAAUUCAGCUGUCUGUCACCACAUUAGAAGAGCUGAGUAUGGUGCAGACUAAACUUCAGGAAUUAAUGGAAUGGGCAGAAGAGCAGCAACCUAGCAUCUCUGAAGCUCUCAAACACAGUCCACCACCUGAGCUGGCUCAGAACUUCCUCAUGGAUCAUCUCACCAUUUGCAGUGAAGUGGAAGCCAAACAACUUGUUUUGAAAGCACUUACAAAGGAUGCCAGUAGGGUGAUGACUAAUUUGGGGCUUAAUGAAAGACAGGUGCUCCAGAAAUGCCUAUCAGAUGCCGAAAAUCACGUGGAUUGCCUUAGCGAUUUGGUUGGUCAGAGGAGAAAGCACCUGAAUAAGGCAUUAUCUGAAAGAACCCAAUUCCUCCUGGCAGCCUUUCAAGCAAUGAAUCACAUUCAACAACAUGAGAAAAAGGUAAUGUUCUAUGAGCAUAUUUGUUUGCUACCAGAAGAUGUAAGCAAACAGAUCCGGGUUUGUAAGAGUGCACAAGCCAGCCUUAAGGCCUACCAGAGUGAAAUAUCUGCACUGUGGUCUCAAGGGAGGACAUUAAUGAAGGAAACAACAGAGCAAGAGAAGACUGAAGUGUUAGAGAAACUGCAAGAGCUACAGAACAUGUAUGACACUAUUUUGCAAAAAUGUAGCCAGCGACUAAUAGACUUGGAGAAACAUAUGGUUUCUAGAAAAUAUUUCAAGGAAGAUUUGGAUAAAUUAUGCCACUGGCUUAAGCAGUCUGAUAUUGUUUCAUUCCCAGAGAUCAAUUUAAUGAACAGCAAUUCUGAACUUUAUUCCCAAUUAGCAAAGUAUCAUCAAAUUCUUGAGCAGUGCUCUGAAUAUGAAAAUCUUCUGUUGACAUUGCAAAGGGAUGGCCAGGAAAUCUUACCAUCACUCAAUGAAAUGGAUCGCUCUUAUCUUGAUGAAAAGCUGAAUGCCUUGCCUCAACAAUUUAGUGUGAUUGUUGCUCUGGCUAAGGACAAAUUCUGUAAAGUCCAAGAAGCAAUCUUGGCCCGUAAUGAAUAUGCAUCAUUAAUUGAAUUGACAACGAAGGCUCUGUCUGAAUUGGAAGAUCAACUAGUGAGCCUACAUAAGGCCCCUUUUACCCUCUUAGCCAAAGAAGCUGUGUCACUCCAGCAAGAUUACAGAAGCAUCUUGGCUGAAGUCAUAAACCUUGGUGCUGCUGUUGAUGAAUUAAACCAGAAGAAGGAAGCAUUUCGGAGCACUGGGCAACCAUGGCUGCCAGAGGAGAUGCUACUGCUUACCACCUUGUAUCACAAACUCAAAAGGCAAAUAGAACAGAAAGUAAACCAGUUGGAAGAUAUGAUAGAAGCAUAUCAAGAACAUGAAGAAAUGUGUAAGCAACUUGAGAUGCAGCUAAAUUCUGUAAAAGAAGAGCAAGCCAAAGUUAAUGAACAAACACUCCCAGCAGAGGAAAAACUGAAAAUGUACCAUUCCUUGGCUGGCAGUCUGCAGGAUGCUGGGAUCCUUUUGAAACGCAUAGCUGAACAUCUUGAGAUGCUUUCCUCCCAGCUUGACCCAUCUGUGCAUGAAGGAGCAAAUCAUCAGGUGCGAACUUGGCAGGAGAUGCUGAAGACGUUGCAGACUGCCAUUGGUGAUACUGUGAUAGAGUGUGAAAACAGACUGGUGCAAAGCAUAGAUUUCCAAACUGAAAUCUCUCGCUCCCUUGAUUGGCUGAGGCAUGUUAAGGCAGAACUGAACGAUCAACUGAGUAUUGAAUUAAAGCUGAAUAUUAUCCAGGAAGAGAUUCGUAAAGUUCAGAUUCAGCAGGAAGAAGUUCAGUCCAGCCUAAGGAUAAUGGGAGCACUAAGCAGUAAAGAAAAGGAGAAGUACACAAAGGCCAAAGAACUGAUACCUGCUGACUUGGAAAAUAGUCUUGCCGAACUCUCUGAACUUGAUGGUGAAGUGAAAGAAGCAAUACACAAGCGGCAGGAUAAAUUGAAUAAAUUAUAUAGCCUGUGCCAAAGAUACUACCAGGUUUCCCAGACUGCUAGUGACUGGCUUGAAGAUGCCCAGGAAUUGUUACAGUUGGCACGAAAUGGCCUCGAUAUGGAGAACUCAGAGGAAAAUCUAAAGAACCAUAUAGAUUUUUUUAGCACUGAAAAGCAAUUCCGUGUGCAUUUGGGAGAACUGCGGACCCUUGUGGCCGACAUGGAGCCCUUUAUUCAAGUCACAGGAAAAGAGGAGCUGGAGCAGAAUGUGAAGGCUUUAGAAGAGAAAGGUGUGGAAUCAGAACAAGAAGCACAAGCCCAGAAAGUACAACUGCAAAGUUGUGCUUCUGAGUGGCAGGCGUAUCAAGUGGCAAGGCAGCAAGUUAUUGACCUGAUGAAUGAAUCUGAGAAGAAAUUAUCUGAAUUUUCUGUAGCUAAAGCAACUUCCAGUCUUGAAGCAGAAGAAAAAUUAAUAUCACAUAAGUCACUGGUGUCUGUAGUGAACUCUUUUCAUGGGAAGGUCACAUCAUUGGAGGAGAAGGCAUGCCGCCUAGAGAAAAUAGGCAACGAUGCCAGCAAGGCAACCAUAAGUAGGUCUAUGACAACCGUUUGGCAGCGGUGGACAAGGCUCCGAAGUGUUGCCCAAGACCAGGAGAGGAUUUUGGAAGAAUCAAUGCAGAAAUGGAAUGUAUUUAACAACAAGAUGAAAAAAGCAACAGAAACUCUUGAUCAGUUGCAAGAUCGCUUACCAGAAAGUUCAGUAGAAAAGGCCUCAAAGAAUGAACUUGUGGAUCUUCUGGAUUAUCACAGUAAUUUCAUUCUGGAACUUGAACAACAAUUGUCAUCUCUGGGUCUGCUGAAGCAACAGGCUUUUAGCAUGCUCCGGGACACAGAAAUAGCCUCUGGUUCCCAAGAGCAAAUGCCUAUCAUGCAAGAAAUCAAAGCAAUGCAAGACAGAUGCCAGAACAUGCAACAAAAGGUGAAAAGAAGUGGGAAAGUGGUUAAACAAGAACUUAAAGAGCGUGAAGAAGUUGAAAAAGAGAUUAAUAAAGUGAAGUCUUGGAUUCAGGAAGCCAGAGAAUAUUUAUUAAAUCCUACAAUUGAGAUAGAUCCUCAGCUUGAGGAAUUGCAGUCUCUCCUCAAUGAAGCAACUAUUCACCGCCAGGCUGUUGAGAAAAUGGCUGAACAACAGCAGAACAAAUAUUUGGGACUUUAUACCAUUUUACCUUCAGAGCUUUCUCUUCAGUUAGCAGAAGUCGGAUUGGCACUUGUAAAUAUACAUGAACAGAUUCAAGCCAAAGAAAAAGAAGCUCAGCAGAGCAAAGCAUUGAAUCAAGAAUUUGAUCAAAAGAUUCAAGGGAUUGCAAAAGAGCUCGAUUCAAUUCUAUUUAAACUGAAGGAGAAGACAAAUAACAUAACACAAGCUAAAAUGGAUCAAAGGCUACUGGGUGAAGAAUUGGACAGUUGCAACAUAAAGCUGAUGGAACUCGAUGCAGCUGUCCAGGACUUUGCAGAGCAGAAUCCUCAGCUGGCUAAGCACCUGGCUGGCAAGAUAAGCCAACUGACUGCUCUCCACCAGCAAACUAUUAGACAGGCUGAGUACAGGGCAUCAAAGCUGAGUCAGGCCAUUUCUCACUUAGAAGAAUAUAAUGAGAUGCUAGAAUUCAUAUUGAAAUGGAUUGAAAAAGCUAAAAUCCUAACACAUGGGAGCAUUACGUGGAAUUCUGCCACUCAGCUUCGUGAUCAAUUUUUGACUCAUCAGGCCAUGCUUGAAGAAUCUGGAGAGAUCCAUGGAGAUCUUGAAGCCAUGACUGAGAAGAUAGACUAUCUGGCGAGUGUGUAUUCAACCAAAGGGAUGUCUCAACAAGUGUCAGAGCUUGGGCGGCAGACUGAGGAGUUGCAGCAAGUGAUCAAACAGCGAUUGCAGAAUGUUCAGGAUGCAGCCAAGGAUAUGAAGAAAUUUGAAACUGAGGUAAAGGCUCUUCAAACAGCUUUAGAACAAGCCCAAGCAACUCUGACAUCUUCAGAGAUCAGCCGUUUGAGUCUGAAAGAACAACUUUCUCACAGACAGCAUCUGCUUUCUGAAAUGGAGUCACUGAAGCCAAAGGUUCAUGCAGUGCAGAUCUGCCAGAGUGCUUUGCGGAUUCCUGAAGAAGUGGUCACCAUGCUACCAAUAUGUCACACUGCCCUCAGGCUGCAGGAGGAUGCUAGCCAUCUACAGCACACUGCUAUUCAGCAGUACAACAUAAUGCAGGAAGCAGUAGUACAGUAUGAGCAAUAUGAACAAGAGAUGAAACAUUUACAGCAACUAAUAGAGAGAGCUCAUCGUGAGAUCCAGGACAAGCCCAUAUCAACAAGCAACAUUCAAGAAUUGCAAGCCCAGAUUUCAUGCCAUGAGGAGCUGGCACAGAAGAUCAAAGGCUACCAGGAGCAAAUAGCAUCUCUGAAUUCCAAGUGCAAGAUGCUAACAAUGAAAGCCAAGCACGCCACUAUGCUUCUAACAGUAACAGAAGUGGAAGGACUUUCAGAAGGAAUGGAGGAGCUGGAUUCAGAAGAACUCCUCUCAGCACACUCAGCUCACCCCUCUGUAGUAAUGAUGACUGCUGGUCGCUGUCACACACUUCUGUCACCUGUUACUGAGGAGUCUGGGGAAGAGGGAACCAACAGUGAGAUUUCUUCUCCACCUGCCUGUCGCUCUCCUUCACCUGUGGCUAAUACAGAUGCUUCUGUUAACCAGGACAUUGCUUAUUACCAAGCCUUAUCUGCUGAACAGUUGCAGACAGAAGCUUCAAAGAUUCAGCCCAGCCCCUCAUCCACUCAGGAAUCCUCUGAGCCAGGGUUAGAGUCUGCCACUAGUGCCAAGCUGGAUGAUUUACAACGUUCUUGGGAAACACUGAAGAAUGUGAUUAGUGAAAAGCAACGUACCCUCUAUGAGGCCCUUGAACGCCAGCAGAAGUACCAAGACUCCCUCCAGUCUACAUCCACAAAAAUGGAAGCCAUUGAGGUGAAAUUAAAUGAAAGCCUAGGGGUUGGGAAGAGUCCAGAGAGCCAAAUGGCUGAACAUCAGGCUUUGAUGGAUGAGAUCCUAAUGCUUCAGGAUGAAAUUAGUGAGCUACAAACUUCAUUAGCAGACGAGCUGGUGUCUGAACCACUAGAUACAGAUGCUGCCGACCAGUUGGCUCUACAGUCUACGCUUACAGUCUUAGCAGAGAGGAUGGCCACCAUUAAGAUGAAAGCUUCAGGGAAACGGCAGCUGCUUGAGGAGAAACUCAAUGAGCAACUAGAAGAACAGCGGCAAGAACAAGCUCUGCAAAGAUAUCGCACUGAAGCGGAUGAACUUGACCACUGGCUCCUGAAUACAAAAGCUACACUGGACACCUCAUCGGUUACUGUUGAGGAACCCAUGGAUAUGGAUUCCCAGCUGGUUGACUGUCAGAACAUGCUUGUGGAAAUUGAGCAGAAGGUAGUGGCUUUGUCUGAGCUGUCUGUCCAUAACGAAAACCUUCUCAUGGAAGGAAAAGCUCAUACCAAGGACGAGGCAGAGCAGCUGGCAAUAAAGCUCCGAACCCUAAAGGGAAGCCUUUUGGAGUUGCAGAGAGUCCUCCACGACAAGCAGAUCAUCAUCCAACAGGGUGCUAUACAGGAAAAGGAGGAGUGUGAGCCAGAUCUAGCCACUUCUCAAAGCCCCAGUGUCCAAGAAUGGCUGCUUCAGGCACGGACAACCCGUUCACAACAGCAGCAGAGUAGCCUGCAGAGACAAAAAGAGCUAGAGAAAGAGCUAGCAGAGCAGAAGAACCUACUGCGCUCCGUGGCAAGUCGUGGAGAGGAAAUUCUAACACAGCAAUCUACUUCAGAAAACUCUCAUCUUAGGAAGCCUGAUGUAUUAACAGAGGAACUAGGUUUAGAGGGAGAAAAACCGUCAGCUGAAGAUCAAAUGAAAAUGAAGUGGGAAAGCCUCCAUCAAGAAUUCAGCAUUAAGCACAAGCUGCUGCAGAAUGCUCUGGAACAAGAACAAGAGCAGCCGCUCUACAGCAGGCCAAACCGACUUAUAUCUGGCAUGCCAAUGUACAAACAAGAAGGGCAGUCUCAAGAUAAACCAUCAGCUGCAUCUUUAUUGGUUGGUUUGAAUGAGGCUUUUGAAGACGCUUCUUCCCAGCCUGGAGGUGUGGAGAAGGAGAGCCUGCACUUUGAGCAGAAGUUGUACAGUGGUGUUUCAGCCACCUCUUCCUGGCUAGAUGGUGUUGAAGAGCACUUGUUUGUUGCCGCAGCCCUGUUGCCCGAAGUGACAGAAGCUUGUCUUUAUAACCAGGAAGCUCUGGCUAAAGAUAUCAAGGAGAUGACAGAAAAAAUGGAUAAGAACAAGAAUUUGUUUUCUCACAUAUUUCCUGACAAUGCUGACAAUCGAGAUGUUAUAGAAGACACCUUGGAUUGUUUGCUAAGGAGACUAAUAUUAAUGGAGACACUGGUAAACCAAAGAUGUCAUCAGAUGAAAGAGAGACUUCAGCAUAUUCUGAGUUUUCAGAAUGACCUGAAACUGAUGUUCACAUCACUGGCUGAUAACAAGUAUAUAGCCCUGCAGAAACUAGCUGAAGCAAUCGAACGUCCUGAAACAGAACAAAUGCAGGCUAUUCAACAAGCAGAAGAUGGACUGAAAGAAUUAGAUGCAGCAAUCAGUGAGUUAAAGAAACGUGGGGAUAAACUGCAGAUUGACCAAUCUUCCAUGCAAGAGCUAACAAAACUUCAGGAUAUGUAUGAUGAGUUGAUAAUGGUCAUAGGAUCCCGGCGCAGUGGGCUAAACCAAAAUCUGGCACUUAAGGGUCAGUAUGAGCAAGCGUUGCAGGAUUUGGCUGACCUAAUUGAAACUGGCAAAGAAAAGAUGUCAGUUGACCAGAAAAUGAUAGUUUCCUCUAAAGAGGAAGUCCAAAUUCUUCUGGACAAGCACAAGGAAUAUUUCCAGGGACUGGAGUCACAUGUAAUUCUGACGGAAACACUUUUCAGGAAGAUUAGCAGCUUUGCUCUUGUGAAGGAAACUCAGUUCCAUGGAGAUCUGAUGGCACAAGCCUCUGCUGUGUUAAAACAGGCUCACAAGAGGGGUGUUGAGCUAGAAUAUAUUUUAGAGACUUGGACACAUCUGCAAAAAGAUUAUCAGGAUCUUACACGGCAGCUGGAGACGGUUGAAACUAGCAUUCCUAGUGUGGGUCUGGUAGAAGAAUCUGAGGAGAGGCUUGCAGAUCGGAUUGCACUUUACCAGCAUCUGAAAUCUAGCCUUGCUGAAUACCAGCCCAAGCUUUACCAAAUACUGGAUGAUGGGAAAAGACUACUGUUCUCUGUCACCUGUUCAGAAUUGGAAACUCAGCUAAACCAACUAGGGGAGCAAUGGUUAAAUAAUACCAGCAAGGUCACCAAGGAGCUGCAUAGACUGGAAACUAUACUUAAACACUGGACAAGAUAUCAAAGUGAGUCAGUUGAGCUGAUUCAUUGGCUCCAGUCAGCAAUGGAUCGUCUGGAGUUCUGGACCCAGCAAUCGGUUACAGUCCCUCAAGAACUGGAAUCAGUCAGAGAUCACUUGAACGCAUUUUUGGAAUUUUCUAAAGAAGUUGAUGCCAAGUCAUCGCAGAAAUCCACUGUUCUGAGUACUGGAAACCAACUCCUGAGACUGAAGAAAGUGGAUACAGCAGCUCUGAGGGCAGGAUUGUCUCAGAUUGACAACCAGUGGACAGAGCUACUCACACAGAUUCCUAUAGUGCAAGAAAAACUGCAUCAGCUCCAAAUGGACAAGCUUCCUUCUCGUCAUGCCAUCGUGGAAGUCAUGAGUUGGAUUUCAUUGAUGGAAAAUGUCAUUUCUGAGGAUGAGGAAAACUUUAAAAAUGUAGUAGGACACAAAGUUAUUCAAGACUAUCUUCAGAAAUAUAAGGGUUUCAAGAUUGAUGUCAACUGUAAGCAGUUAACUGUAGAUUUUGUUAACCAAUCAGUACUUCAAAUUAGCAGUCAGGAUGUGGAGAGUAAACGCAGUGACAAGACUGAUUUUGCAGAACAACUUGGAGUAAUGAAUAGGCGUUGGCAGGUCCUGCAGGGCCUGAUAACAGAAAAGAUUCAGUUGUUAGAAGGUUUUCUGGAAUCUUGGAUAGAAUAUGAAGACAGUGUUCAAUCCCUGAAGAUGUGGUUUGAAACUCAGGAGAAGAGACUGAAGGAACAACAGAAAAUUGGAGACCAGGCUUCAGUCCAGAAUGCCUUGAAAGACUGUCAGGAACUUGAACAGCAAAUAAAAGCUAAGGAAAAGGAAGUUGAGAAAGUGGAACAGUGUGGCCUUUCCUUGAUACAGAAUAAAAAAGAAGAAGUUUCUGUUGUUGUCAUGAACACACUUCAGAAACUAAACCAUUCUUGGGCAAAUUUGGACCACAUGGUUGGCCAGCUGAAAAUAUUGCUGCAGUCUGUCCUUGAUCAGUGGAACUCUUAUAAAGCAGCUUAUGAAGAACUGAAUAGUUACCUGAUGGAAGCCAGAUACUCGCUCUCUCGCUUUCAUCUCCUUACAGGUUCCCUGGAAGCAGUGAAGGUUCAAGUUGAUAACCUCCAGAACUUGCAGGAUGAAUUGGAAAAGCAAGACCAUAGCUUACAGAAAUUUGGAUCAGUGACCAAUCAGUUAUUGAAAGAAUGCCACCCACCUGUCACAGAAGUACUUAACAACACUUUGAAAGAAAUGAACUUGAGGUGGAACAACCUUCUAGAAGAAAUUGCAGAGCAUCUGCAUUCCAGUAAGGGCCUGCUUCAACUCUGGCAAAAGUACAAAAACUAUUACACACAGUGCUGUUCCACAGUUCAGCAGUAUGAGGACCGAACAAAUGAACUUCUGAAGGCUGCAACUAGCAAGGACAUUGCUGAUGAUGAAAUUACUGCUUGGAUUCAUGAUUGCAACGACUUGCUUAAAGGCAUGAAGACCGUGCAGGAUUCUCUGUUUGUUCUGCAUGAACUGGGGGAACAGCUGAAGCAACAGGUGGACUCUUCUGCAGCAGCAGCUCUCCAGUAUGGUCAAGUCUCUCUGAACCAGAAUUUAUCAUCCUUAGAACAGGCUCUGAGCAGGCAGCAAUCUAUACUACAGGCUGGGGUUCAAGAUUACCAGACAUUUUCCAAGAGCCUAGGAGGACUAGAGGAUUGGAUAAAGCAAGCUGAAGAAGUGCUAAAAGAACAAGACCCAAGUAGUUCAUCUGAUCUGUCCACAAUACGGAAUAGAAUGGAAGAGCUUAAACGCCAGAUGUUAAAAUUCAGCAGCAUGGCACCAGAUAUGGAUCGUCUGAAUGAGCUGGGAUAUAGACUACCCCUGAAUGAUAAAGAAAUCAAAAGGAUGCAAAAUCUAAAUAGGCAUUGGUCCAUUAUUUCGUCACAAACCACAGAAAGAUUCAGUAAGCUGCAAUCCUUCAUGCUGCAGCAACAGACCUUCCUAGAAAAAUGUGAGACUUGGAUGGAAUUCUUGGUUCAGACGGAACAGAAAUUGGCUGCUGAGAUUUCAGGAAACUACCAACUUCUUUUGGAACAGCAGAGGGCGCACGAGCUAUUCCAAGCAGAGAUGUUUAGUCGGCAGCAGAUUUUACAUUCCAUCAUCAUGGAUGGUCAGCACCUUCUUGAGCAAGGACAGGUGGAUGACAGGGAUGAGUUUAAUCUGAAACUGGCCCUCCUCAGUAAUCAGUGGCAAGGGGUGAUUCGCAGAGCCCAGCAGAGGCGGGGCAUAAUUGACAGUCAGAUUCGCCAGUGGCAACGCUACAGAGAGAUGGCAGAGAAAUUGCGCAAGUGGCUGGUGGAAGUGUCUGGUCAGACAGCAAGUGGGCUGGGCAAUGUUCCUAUACCACUGCAGCAGGCUAGAGCAUUGCUGGAUGAAAUGCAGCUUAAAGAAAAAGUUCUCCUUCGCCAGCAAGGAAGCUACAUCUUAACAGUGGAAGGAGGGAAGCAGCUGUUACUCUGUGCUGAUGGUGAGACAGAAACAUCCCUACAGUCUGAACUUUCAGAAAUCCAGGAGUGCUGGAAAUUGGCUAGCCUCAAACUUGAGGAACAGAAGAAACAGCUUACAUUCUUGUUAAAAGACUGGGAGAAAUGUGAAAAAGGCAUAGCAGAUUCUCUGGAAAAGUUAAAGUCAUUCAAGAAGAAGCUCUCCCAGCCACUGCCAGACCAUCAUGAUGAACUCCACACAGAACAGAUUCGUUGUAAGGAGCUAGAGAGUGCUUCUGAGGGGUGGACAGAUGAUCUUGCCCACCUAGCUCUGCUGAAGGAGACUCUGUCCUCUUUUAUCAGUGCAGAUGAUAUAUCAGUUCUCAAUGAGCGCAUUGAACUACUGCACAGACAAUGGGAAGAACUGUGUCACCAGGUUUCCUUGAGACGGCAGCAGGUGAGUGAGAGACUGAAUGAGUGGGCAGUCUUCAGUGAGAAGAACAAGGAGCUCUGUGAAUGGUUGACACAAAUGGAGAGUAAAGUUUCCCAGAAUGGAGAUAUCCUCAUUGAAGAAAUGAUAGAAAAACUCAAAAAGGAUUAUCAAGAUGAAAUUGCGGUCGCUCAGGAGAAUAAAGUCCAGCUCCAGCAAAUGGGAGAGCGACUUGCUAAAGCGAGCCAUGAAAGCAAAGCUUUGGAGAUUGAGUACAAACUUGGCAAGGUCAAUGACAGAUGGCAGCAUCUUCUAGAUCUCAUUGCAGCCAGGAUGAAGAAGCUGAAGGAGACCCUGGUGGCAGUCCAGCAGUUGGAUAAGAACAUGAGCAUCUUGAGAUCUUGGCUUGCCCACAUUGAGUCAGAAUUGUCCAAGCCCAUUGUCUAUGAAACCUGUGAUUCCGAGGAGAUUCAAAGGAAACUAAAUGAGCAGCAGGAGCUGCAAAGGGACAUAGAGAAACAUAGCACUGGAGUUGCAUCUGUCCUCAACCUUUGUGAAGUUCUGCUCCAUGACUGUGACGCCUGUGCCACUGAAACAGAAUGUGACUCCAUCCAGCAGGCCACACGGAACCUGGACCGAAGGUGGCGGAACAUCUGUGCUAUGUCAAUGGAAAGGAGACUCAAGAUUGAAGAGACAUGGAGACUGUGGCAAAAGUUCCUGGAUGAUUAUUCUCGCUUUGAAGAUUGGCUAAAAAUUUCUGAAAGAACAGCUGCUUUCCCUAGUUCUUCUGGCGUACUGUACACGGUUGCUAAGGAAGAACUAAAGAAAUUUGAGGCUUUUCAGCGACAAGUUCAUGAAAGCCUGACUCAGCUGGAACUGAUUAACAAGCAGUACCGCCGCUUGGCCCGAGAGAACCGCACUGACUCUGCUUGCAGCCUCAAGCAGAUGGUCCAUGAAGGAAACCAGAGAUGGGACAAUUUACAAAAGCGAGUGACCUCCAUCCUCCGCAGACUUAAACAUUUCAUUGGUCAGCGUGAGGAGUUUGAGACGGCACGCGACAGCAUUCUAGUAUGGCUUACAGAGAUGGAUCUACAGUUAACCAACAUUGAACAUUUCUCAGAGUGUGAUGUUCAGGCCAAGAUAAAGCAGCUCAAGGCCUUUCAGCAGGAGAUAUCAUUGAACAACAACAAAAUUGAACAGAUCAUUGCCCAGGGUGAGCAGCUGAUAGAAAAAAGUGAGCCUCUGGAUGCAGCUGUCAUUGAAGAAGAGCUUGAUGAGCUUCGGCGAUACUGCCAGGAGGUCUUUGGCCGAGUUGAACGGUAUCAUAAAAAACUAAUCCGCCUCCCGCUCACAGAUGAUGAGCAUGACCUCUCUGAUCGCGAAGUGGAUCUGGAUGAAUCGGGAGAUCUUUCUGACAUACAUUGGCAUGACAAAUCUGCAGACAGUGUCCUCUCCCCACACCCUUCCUCCAACCUCUCACUGUCUCUUCCCCAGCCUCUCCGAAGUGAAAGGUCAGGACGUGACACUCCUGCUAGUGUAGAUUCCAUCCCCUUGGAAUGGGAUCAUGACUAUGACCUGAGCCGGGACCUGGAGACGGCCGUUUCAAGAGCGCUGCAUUCUGAAGAAGUGGAGGGGCAAGAAGACAAAGAGUUUUAUCUCAGAGGAGCAGCAAGCCUAGCAGGAGAACCAUGUUCCUUAGAAACACACAUCAGACAGCUUGACAAGGCCUUAGACACCAGCCGUUUCCAAAUACAGCAAACGGAGAACAUAAUCCGCAGUAAAACACCAACAGGGCCGGAACUAGAUUCUAGCUACAAAGGCUAUAUGAAGCUUCUGGGCGAAUGCAGUGGGAGCAUAGAUUCAGUAAGAAGACUUGAGCACAAACUGAAAGAGGAAGAGGAAAAGCUGUCUGGAUUUAUUAACCUGAACAGCACGGAGACACAAACAGCCGGUGUGAUUGAUCGGUGGGAGUUAAUCCAGGCCCAGGCCUUAAGUAAAGAACUGAGGAUGAAACAGAAUCUUCAGCAAUGGCAGCAAUUUAGUUCUGACCUAAACAGCAUCUGGGUUUGGCUUGGAGAAACUGAAGAAGAGUUGGAACAACUGUGUUGCCUUGAUCUCAGCACGGAUAUACAAACCAUUGAGCUACGGAUUAAAAAACUGAAAGAGCUACAGAAGGCCGUUGAUAACCGCAAAGCCAUCAUUUUGUCCAUCAACCUUUGCAGCUCAGAAUUCAUGCAGUCUGACAGUGAGGAAAACAAGAAACUGCAGGAACGGUUGUCUCAGAUGAACAUGCGCUGGGAUCAUGUCUGUAGUAUGCUAGAAGAAUGGCGCUGUUCACUGCAGAACGCUCUAAUGCAAUGUCAGGAUUUCCAUGAGAUGAGCCACGGUUUGUUGCUGUGGCUGGAGAACAUUGACAGGAGGAAAAAUGAGAUUGUCCCUAUCAAUCCAAAUCUGGAUUCAGACACUCUGCAGGAUCAUCACAGGCUACUAAUGCAAAUAAGGCGCGAACUGCUAGAAUCUCAGCUGAAGGUGGCAUCUCUUCAAGACAUGUCCUGCCAACUGCUAGUCAAUGCUGAAGGCAAGGAUUGUCUAGAAGCCAAAGAGAAGGUCCAUGUGAUUGGAAACAGACUCAAAAUGCUCCUUAAAGAAGUUUCACAUCACAUUAAGGAGCUGGAGAAAAUCCUAGAUGUUUCAAGCAGUCAGCUGGAUCUGUCCUCCUGGUCAUCCGCUGAUGAGCUGGACACUUCAGGAUCCCUCAGUCCAGUAUCGGGAAGGAGUACUCCAAGCAGACAGAGAACGCCACGAGGCAAAUGUAAUGUCUCACAGCCUGGACCCUCUGUCAGCAGUCCACACAGCAGGUGCACAAGAGAUGGGUUAGAUUCCUCCCAUUCUGAGGUUCAGCCAGUUCGGCGGCGGCGGCAGCAGCAGCAAUGCUUCUUCCUCAGGGUCCUCCGAGCCGCUCUCCCACUUCAGCUCCUCUUGCUGUUCUUAAUUGGUCUUGCCUGCCUGGUGCCAAUGACGGAGGAAGACUAUAGCUGCGCCCUCUCCAAUAACUUUGCACGCUCCUUUCACCCCAUGCUAAGGUAUACUAAUGGCCCGCCACCUUUAUGAAGCAGCUGGAAAGACGACAGAGAAGCUUGUAUCAAACGCAGGUACAUGCACUGCAGAGUAGUUCUCCUUGGACACAUAAAUAAGUCAACUUGGCACUAAGUUAAAUAUGUAUCAGUACUAAAAUGAGUCAUGCACUAUGUGAGUAGCAUUGUUUAAAACUCACAUCUCUGGCACUGAAAAGGCUAUGAAAUAAGUGAUAGAAUAUUUUUCCUUUUUUGCCAAUAUUCUGGACUUCUCAGUCACUUUUAUAAUUUGGGCCAGUGCCCUGUACUAUGCAUAGACAAGGACUUCAGUCUGAAAGAAGAUAUUUCCCAUGUGCAGCUCAUAAAGAUCUAUUACUCAAACUUUCAUUAUCUGCAUUAUUGGUAUUUUACAAGUAUACACACACUCAUAGAAUCAUUAAAAACCAAACUGUGCUAAAGAGAUUCUAGAGACUAUUGUAACAUAAAUUUUAAGGAGAUUGCAAGGCCAUGUAUUAUUUCCCCAUUUUUUGUGGGGUUUUGGGUGGAGCAUGAUGUUCUAACCUUCGCUUUGGAUGCACAAGCUGUAAAUCAGAACAGCACUUUUUAUAGUUAAAAAAAGUAAUGGAUGUAAUAAAUAAAUCAUGGAAGGCUUUAUGAACAAAAAUCAUGAAUGUUAAGUAUUAAAAAAGAAACAUAUUUAUGUAUGUACAGUUUGCUAAAACUAGUUUUGUUGUAUUGAUUUCUUGUUAUAGAAAACCAUGAAAUUUUUGUCUAUGUGCUUUUUAAAAAUUAUUUUGGAGCAAUAUAUAAGCAAAAUGUCAAGGCCAAA